UUGAACUUUAUAAGAGGAGGUUGUAUACGUUUCAAUCAUAUAUCUGACAGAUUUAUCCAGUGAAUAGUUUUACAGAAGAAACUGUAAAUAUAUGAUUACUUUGCUAAGAAACAUGCAAGCAUUUUUAGGUGUCCUAAUAUUAAUUACUGGAGCUCAUUCUCUGUACUCCUCCAAUUCCCAUGUUAUAGAUCUAAAACCAAACAAUUUUGAUAAUUUGGUAUUAGACAGUGAUAAUGUAUGGAUAGUGGAAUUUUAUGCCCCAUGGUGUGGACAUUGUCAACAAUUAACACCUGAAUAUGAUAAAGCUGCCAAUGCUUUAAAAGGUAUUGUAAAAGUUGGUGCAGUAAAUGCAGAUGAGCAUAAAUCUCUUGGGUCAAAAUAUGGAAUUCAAGGUUUUCCAACAAUUAAGAUUUUUGGUGUUGAUAGUAAACCAGAAGACUAUAAUGGGCCAAGAACUGCAGCUGGAAUUGUUGAUGCUGCUUUGAAUGCAGUUAGUCAGAAAGCACGUAGAGCUUUAGGUGGGAAAAGAAAUGGUGGAGAUUCUAAGUCUAAAGAUUCCAAAGAUGUAAUCGAAUUAACAGACGAUAAUUUUGAUAAAAUGGUGAUGAAUUCAGAAGACAUGUGGUUAGUUGAGUUUUAUGCACCAUGGUGUGGUCACUGCAAAAAUUUAGCUCCCACCUGGGCAUCUGCAGCUACAGAGCUGAAAGGAAAAGUGAAAUUGGGUGCUAUUGAUGCUACUGUAAACAGAGUUAAAGCUAGUCAAUAUGAAAUAAAAGGAUAUCCUACUAUCAAAUACUUUGCACCUGGUAAAAAGUCGUUUGAUUCUGUACAAGAAUAUGAUGGUGGCCGUACAGGUAGCGACAUUGUAAAUUGGGCACUAGAGAAAUUGGCCGAAAAUGUUCCAGCGCCAGAAGUAGUUCAAAUUGUAAAUGAAAAAAGUUUAAGAGACGCAUGCGAAGACAAACCAUUGUGUGUUGUUUCAGUUUUACCACAUAUCUUAGAUUGUCAGUCAGAAUGUAGAAAUCAAUAUUUAAAGAUUUUAAAUGACCUUGGAGAAAAAUAUAAACAAAAGAUGUGGGGGUGGGUUUGGGCUGAAGCCGGUGCUCAGCCUUAUAUUGAAGAAGCAUUAGAAAUUGGAGGUUUUGGUUAUCCAGCAUUAGCUGCUGUAAAUAUAAAGAAAAUGAAAUAUUCAUUACUGAAGGGUAGUUUUUCGUAUGAUGGUAUAAAUGAAUUCUUGCGAGAUCUAAGUUAUGGACGAGGUGGUACAGCUCCUUUAAAAGGAGCUCAGUUACCUCAAAUUCUGGAAACAACAUCGUGGGAUGGUAAAGAUGCUGAACCUCCCCAAGAAGAAGACAUUGAUCUCAGUGAUGUAGAUCUUGACGAGAAGGAUGAAUUGUAAUUACAAAAUCCGGGUUUUCUCAGAAACGUGUGCACCAUCAUAUAAAUGUGUUAGUAAAAAUAAUUCGAUACUUAUUUUUAUAUAACAUCAUUAUUCUGAGUUAAUACAACUGCAUAUUAAUGUACAAUAAUGUAGCGUCAUUACUAUGAUAUCAGGAAUAUUCUUUUCAUCUAAAACAUAUAUAUUAUCAUCCUGUUAGUCACGUAUCAGUCCUCAGGAACCUUACAUGUAUUACAUUAAGCGCUUAGAUCAACUCUUCCACCGAAGCUAACUUGAAAAAACUUUAGUCUGUUUAUUCCGGUAAAACUGAGUAUAACUUGUUUUAAAAUGAAAUUAAACUGAUACAUCGUUUUUAUUGUGUAGGAAACAUGCAUUAUUAGGAAUGCGUCCGAAUAUUUUUAAGCAAUUAUUUGUACAUUUUUUAAAUGGUAGAUUAUACGAAGUUGUAAGACUUCAUAUUAAAAGAAAAACAUGUACUUGUCCUCUAAUUGUAUUUAAACUAAAACUUUUUUAUGAAAAUGUUGUAAACGUAAAAUAACAAUACAUAACAUAUUAAUGUGCAUUCCAUAAGAUACUUUAGUUCUCCCUACAAUGGGACCAAAGUAAUUACUCUCAUUACAUACACAGUACUAAUUUUUAGGUUUAUUGAGAUCUCAUUAUUUGACUGAGUUAUGUCACGUCUUCCAUCGUGAUUAUAGCAACAAACUUUAUACCGUUACUUAAAUUUAUAACAUAGAAUGUGUUUAUACUUUUCGAGAAUUUAAUCAUUUUCUCCUUUAUACUUAACUAAUUGUAAUCCUAGUUUAAGUUUUUAUUAAAUAAAUUUCACUAUAAACUUGUAA